CGUAGGUUUCAUUUUCAAUUUGCAUGUACCAGUGUACAUCACUUGUUGUUCGUGAUGAAAGUUCCAUAAUAUUUUGAUUUUUUAUGUGUUGUUCAAAAUGAACGUCGAAGCAAUUGGUGAAGGAAUUAUAACGUUGUAUAUCAUCAAGAAGAAUCCUGCCGAAUUUGAGGCUGAUGUUUCUUUAUCUUCUGAUGGAGAAAUAGAAAAUUCGGAAGACGACAAACCAUUGUCUCAUGAAGAAUUCGGAGUAAACUGUUUGGAGAAAUCUUUUGGAACAAAUUACUUUCCACUCAGCUACUAUAGACAAGAUGACGAAGACCUCAUAUCAUUAGAUUUUAGCCCCGAAUUGGAUUUGAAUACAGUUCAGGAAUCUUUGAAUUAUGAUCUUGAAAAAGAUAGUAAAUCAGAUGAAGAAUAUCGCAAUAGUGUAUGGCAUCGUCUGAGUACUUUGAUGGAGGGGGAUUAUGUUAAACAGUUGAAAGCAAUAUUCCGGAAAAAACGUCCAACAUUCCAAUUAGAAACGACCUUGGAACUUCUAAAUUAUUUAUUACUAGCAGAUAUCAGGAUCCUGAUUUAUGGCGUCAUUUCCUUGGCUGAUGUCCUGCAAUACUUGGAGGAAAAUCCGGUGCAACUGAUGGAUCCAGCGUUUUCAGCUUUUAGGAAGACGAUGCAGAUGAUCAUGAGGAAUUCCGAUUUCCUAGAAGAUAGUGAGAGAAUAAAAAUACUUCUCUUAUUGAAUAGAGAUAGAACUAUUAUCGAGAAGUUGGAACUACGUGCUACCAAGCAUUUUAUAGUCAAUCUGCUUACUUUUACUCCUAAAUUUUGUUCUGUCCCUGAAGAGGUUUCCUUUGAAGAAAUACUUCAAAUUAUUCAUGGAAUUUAUCUCGAAUAUAUGCAUAAGUCAGACAUCAUUGAAGGUAUCACUUCACUAGAAACGACUAAUGUAUUACACAAGGUACUGAGGAAUACCAAUGCAAUAAUAUCAGUGAAGCACUGUGUGAUGGAGAUUUUGUCGAUCAUUUGUGCCAACAACAUGCAAGCAGCUUCAAACCUAUUAGGAAAUAAUAUACAUCUAACACUUAUUGAUCUGGAUCAACAAUAUAAAUUCAAGAUAGAGGCAGUGAAGAUGCAUCUCGUCACCCUUAUUUGGUCCCUUCUUCCAUGUUUAUCAAGAAUAUACCUCUUCAAAUUAAAUGAUGAUGUCCGUGAAGAGACCUUCAAAACUGCAAAUGUUAUUAAAAUGGCGGUAUGGCAUAUUGAAGUAGAAGAAGAUAUUUGGGUUCCAUUCAUUCCCCGAUUGAAUUAUCUUAUCGAGCAAUCUUACAAAGAAAAUGUGAAGGAAUUCACUUAUUAUGACGACGAAGAAAUGAAAACUCUUGACUUUACUCAGAUGUUAAUCAUAGAUGAGUCAACGUCAAUGAGACUGCCAGUAUCUCGUGAAGAGAUUGAAAGUCACAGACCACUAUUCCUGAAGAAAAGCAGAAAACUUGAAGAAUUUCAUUUCAAAAAUCGUGAUUUUAUUGAUUUUUCGUAUAAAUUUCUUACGAGGAGGUUCUCUCUAUCCUUAUAUAAACAAGAAAAAUACUAUUGUAUGGAAGCGUUGUUGUCCGUUUUAGAGUUAAUGGACUAUGAACAACACGAUAAUCUCUUGUGCUGUGCAAAACCUGAAGAAUAUGUUUGGAGAGCUGACCAAUUAGUUCAAAUAAUGGUGACACUACUAAAACAACAUCCAAUGUAUUGUCAAAUGUUCGCAGUUCAGACCCUAGCAUAUGCUCAUGGUUUGUCCUAUGAAAAAAUUCUUGAUGUGUAUGGAAUAGGAAUAUUAUUAGAAAAAUUCAGUGAAGAGAAGGAACAGUUAAAGAGAAUCCACGUUAGCGGAAUGGAAAGACUUUCUUCAUUGGAAUACGAAUUCGUAAAUUGGACAAUAAAUCAAGUGGAAGAAUAUACCAAAUAUUAUAACCUGGGAAAUACACGUUAUCCGAAUUACGUUGGAAGCAAUAUAUCGAAUAGUUAUGGGGGAUUAACGGAAACAAAACAAGAAUUGGAAUAG